AAGUGGCCGGAAGUGGGAAUGCAGCCUGUAGAACUCUCGAGAUCAACAUGGCGGCGUACAUGAAGCUGUGGAGCAGCUACAGGCAGGCGUACAGAAAUGGGACAGUCUUCUGUAGUAGGUUCAAUAAAAAGCUCACGAUUCACGGAUUAUAUCCGGGAGAGUCACUCAGUCCGAGCGGAUUUACCGCGACACGAUCCCACUCUUGUAUUCCGGGUAAAAAGUCACCGUUAUUUGGUGGCACUUUGACAUCAGUGACAGGACGUGGGCGCGUGUCCGAGCUGAGAAAAUGGACCAGAAUCGCCGGUGUGUUUCCCCCCGCCAGGGGAGAUGUUCAACCUGGUCUGCUUAUGAACCAUGACCAGAGGAGAUACCUGUUUGGCAACAGGGGCAGCGGACUCCCUGGAGAGGAUGGAGCUGAAAGCAGCAGUCCUAAUGACGAUGAACCUGGUGGAGAUGGAGCAGAAUCCGGCUCUGCUCCCCUGCACAUCACCGCUCUCACUCCCAUGAUGGUGCCCGAAGUGUUUCCCAACGUGCCUCUCAUCGCUGUGACCAGGAACCCGGUUUUCCCAAGGUUCAUCAAGAUCAUCGAGGUGAAGAAUAAGCAGCUGAUGGAUCUGCUGAGGAGAAAAGUGCGACUUGCUCAGCCCUAUGCCGGCGUCUUCCUCAAGAAGGAUGAUAAUGACGAGACAGAUGUUGUGGAAAAUUUGGACGCUGUUUACAACACUGGGACUUUUGUCCAGAUCCAUGAAAUGCAAGAUCUCGGCGACAAGCUGCGUAUGAUUGUGAUGGGACACCGAAGGAUUCGGAUCACUAAACAGCUGGACGUCGAGGUCGAGGCAACGCCCCCCACACCGGAGUCAGACUCCGACCAGUCCAAAGCUCAGCGGAGGAAAACCAAACGUGUUCGUAAAGAUAGCGCCUCGGCUGAGGAGAUGGUGGAGAAAGUAAAAGAGGCUGAGUUUAUUGUGGAGGCUGUUCCCUUACCCAAGAGCAACGAGAUCCUCAUGGUGGAGGUCGAUAACGUCAUACACGAGGAGUUCCAGGUCACAGAGGAGGUUAAGGCUCUGACAGCCGAGAUUGUUAAGACCAUCCGGGACAUCAUUGCUCUAAAUCCUUUGUACAGAGAAUCAGUUCUACAGAUGAUGCAGGCAGGACAGAGAGUAGUUGACAAUCCUAUUUACUUGAGUGACAUGGGCGCUGCUCUGACCGGCGCUGAAUCACACGAGCUGCAGGACGUUCUGGAGGAAACCAAUAUCCCCAAACGCCUAUACAAGGCUCUGUCUCUGCUGAAGAAGGAGUACGAGUUGAGUAAGCUUCAGCAGCGCCUCGGCAGGGAGGUGGAGGAGAAAAUCAAGCAGACACACAGGAAGUACCUUCUGCAAGAGCAGCUAAAGAUCAUCAAGAAAGAGCUGGGCCUGGAGAAGGAGGACAAGGACGCCAUCGAGGAGAAGUUCCGAGAGAGGCUGAAGGAGCGCACCGUACCACAACACGUCAUGGAGGUCAUCAACGAGGAGCUGAACAAACUCAGUCUUCUGGAUAAUCACUCUUCAGAGUUCAAUGUUACGAGGAACUACUUGGACUGGUUGACCUCGAUGCCAUGGGGCACCAACAGCAUGGAGAACCUGGAGCUGUCUCAAGCCAGCAAAGUGCUAGAUGAAGAUCAUUAUGGCAUGGAGGAUGUGAAGAAGCGCAUUCUCGAGUUUAUCGCAGUCAGCCAGCUGAGAGGCAGCACACAGGGGAAGAUCCUGUGUUUCUACGGACCACCCGGGGUGGGAAAGACCAGCAUCGCCCGCUCCAUCGCUAGAGCCCUAAACCGGGAGUACUUCCGCUUCAGCGUGGGCGGCAUGACCGACGUAGCUGAAAUCAAAGGCCACAGGAGGACAUAUGUCGGAGCGAUGCCGGGAAAAAUCAUCCAGUGUAUGAAGAAGACAAAAACCGAAAACCCACUAGUUCUCAUUGACGAGGUGGAUAAAAUAGGUAGAGGCUACCAGGGGGAUCCAUCUUCCGCCCUGCUGGAGCUUUUAGACCCUGAGCAGAACUCCAACUUCCUGGAUCACUACCUGGAUGUUCCUGUGGACCUGUCAAAGGUUCUUUUUAUUUGCACGGCCAAUGUCACCGAUACAAUUCCUGAACCUCUGAGAGACCGAAUGGAAAUGAUCAAUGUGUCCGGCUACGUGGCUCAGGAGAAACUAGCUAUCGCAGAGAGGUAUCUGGUGCCCCAGUUACGGACUCUUUGUGGUUUGGAUGAGCAGAAGGCAAGCAUCUCCUCAGAAGCUCUGAACCUUCUUAUCAGGCAGUACUGCAGAGAGAGUGGCGUCAGGAACCUGCAGAAACAGGUGGAGAAGGUUUUCCGCAAAGCCGCAUUCCGAAUCGUUAAAGGAGAGGAGGCUGCGCUCAGCGUGACGGCCGACAAUCUGCAGGAUUACGUCGGCAAACCCCUGUUCACUGUGGACCGAAUGUAUGAUGUCACACCCCCGGGUGUGGUCAUGGGCCUGGCAUGGACAGCAAUGGGUGGCUCCACGUUGUUCAUCGAGACGUCUUUGAAGCGUCCGAGGACCACAAAAGAAAAAGACGGACCUGCAGAAGGCUCUCUGGAGGUGACUGGGCAGCUGGGAGACGUGAUGAAGGAGAGCGCUAAAAUUGCCUACACUUUCGCUCGCUCCUUCCUAAUGAAUGAACAGCCGGAGAACGACUUCCUCGUGGGCUCCCAUGUCCACCUGCAUGUGCCAGAGGGUGCCACUCCUAAAGACGGCCCCAGCGCAGGCUGCACUAUAGUCACGGCUCUGCUGUCGUUGGCCACCAACAUGCCGGUGCGGCAGAAUGUGGCCAUGACAGGAGAAGUGUCCUUGACUGGGAAGAUCCUGCCUGUGGGAGGAAUCAAGGAAAAAACCAUUGCUGCAAAAAGAGCUGUAGUUGAUUGCAUCAUACUCCCUGCUGAAAACAAGAAGGAUUUCUCCGAUCUGGCCGAGUACAUUACAGAGGGCUUGGAAGCACACUUCGUUGAACAUUACCAAGAAAUCUACAAGAUCGUGUUCACAGGCAAAUGAAGAACCGUAGUUCAAUCUGCUAUAUUUAAGUUUCUGGAAUACAGUGGUGCCUCCGAUACCCACCAAGGUUUAAUUUACCAGCAGGGUGACUGUAGAGUUCAAAUCCUCAUCUUCAGUGAAAAGCUGGCAGCUGAACACUGACGUCCCAAAUACGCACCACAACACACUGGGAUUGUGUUAUUGCUGCUACACAGCCAUUAUUCCACCAUGUUGCAUCACAGGUUAUAUCUCAAUGAAAAAAAGAAGCACUUCACAAUUUGGGUAUUUGUUUGUUUUUGUUUUUUUCCCAAUUCAUUUUUCCAGAUUCUAAAAUCCAGAUAUUUUCAUCCAUGGAGAACGCCAGCCCGAUGCAGUGAUCGCAAGCAGCCUUUUUUUUUUUUUUUUUACGAGUUUUUUCUUAAACUUUUGCUCACCUAGAAAUUGAAGUCUGCCUUGAAACACGCCAUGUGCAAAGUUGUUGUAACACUUUUGGAUGUAAAUAUGAAAUGAAAGUUGUAAUUCUGA